AUGAGCCAAUCUUCUAAUGGCCACCCCAGUGAGGGGUCUGCUUCAAGCCCGGCCAUGUGUAUGUCCUCAAGCCCUUCUGUGGUCUCAAGCUCUCCUACGCCCGCCAACAGUGAAUCAGUUCCUAAUCGCAUAUCCUCUAUGGCGAGUGAGACUCCAAGCGCAAACUCCCAAUACAAGGGCUCCGAAGAAUCCCACGAUGACAGGCUUCCUGCUGCUCCCUCGCAGAUGGGCAUGACCGAUCAUGGCAGUCGAACCUACCUCUCCCUAGGUGAUGUAAGACAUCAUCCUGUCUUCAUCAGCAGUCGUCCACUGACUUGCCCUGACCAACUUGGUCGACAAACGAAACUCCUCGCGACCCAUUAG